ACCGCGAGUGCCGCGAAGCACACCGACACACGCACACCUCUCGCUCGGCUCUAGGCCUCUAGCUAGCUAUCCUGCAGCAAGUAGCUUCCCGGCGGCAGCGACGGCGAGAGCGCGGCUGCAGUUGGACCGCCGGCGAGGGAGGUGCCGUCAUCAUGCAAGGGGACCAGGCGGAGAAGAGGGGGAAGGUGAAGAAGGGGUGGCUGGCGGUGCGGGUCGGCCAGGCCCAGGCGGAGCAGCAGGGCGACGGGUUCCGGCGGUUCGUCAUCCCCAUCGCCUACCUCUACCACCCGCUCUUCCAGCGCCUGCUGGAAGCAGCCCGGGACACGUACGGCUACAGCUCGGCCGGCCCGCUCUGGCUGCCCUGCUCCGUCGACGAGUUCCUCCGCCUGCGCGCGCUCGUCGACCGGGAGGCGGCGCACUCGCACUCCUCGUCGCACCGCGUGCACGCCGGCGGCUACCAGCAGCAGGCCUACUCCCGCGCCAAAAUCACGUCCUGAUCGACCCACAUCGACCAUCGAGCCCCGGCCCGCCGGCUUUCGUCUGUUGAGCACUGGAGCGCGCGAGCGGGAGGAGUUCAUCUUUCUGCCGCCUGCCGGAGAUGACGGACACACGUACACAUGUACAGGGUUAAUUGCAGGGAAGUACCACACUUGGGGCAGUUGUAACGUAUCAGUACCACUAUUUAGAUUUUUUACAAGUCAGUACCACGGUUGAGGCUGGUCGUUGCAAUACGGGCUAAACCGCGUAUAACUCUGUAUUGACGCUGUAUCUGACAACCCGGCCCCACCAGUCAGUUCACAAGCCGCCGAACCGGUGCGUCGCUCGGGUGGCUCGGCCGGUCUAUGGCUCGGUCGGUCUUGGCUCGGUCUAACCCUAGCAGUUCUCUCCUCUCCCUCUCCCUCUCCUCGCGAUGGCUAGUCCGGGCGGCGGCGGCGGCGGCGGUCGCGGUGGCCGGAGCAGCGGUGGCGUUGUGGGCGGGUACGGAGACCUCCCCGGACUCGGGAGCGAUGCGCACAGAGGAAUCGAAGUCGACGGCGAGGAGUCCAGUUCGUCUGCUUACUACAGCGACGACGGCGAGGGCAUGGAGGCGCCGCUGUCCAUGGAGCAGCGACUGCGGCUGGCUGAGAUAUGGGUGGCCAACCCUACCACGAGCCAUCACUGGAGUCAUGGAUUGGGUGGCGUACUGUAAGUGCUCUGUCCUCUCCCUCUCUACUCUCUCAUUUGUGCCAUGAUUCGGGCUAGGGUCAGGUUUACUGAAAUUUUGCUGUCCAUUGUAGUUUGGAUGAUGCUGUUUGGGAUGUUAGGAUUCACUUCGAUGCUCACCAUAAUUUGGAUAGGAAGAUAUGCAACUCAGAUGUCACAUAUUUGAAUUUGUAUGCACUGAUGCGAACACAAGGAUUUAACUUCAGUGAUGAAUUGUACCACAUGAGGAAUACAUGCAUAGGAGUGCAGAGAGAGCAUGCCCUAGAUUUGAUAGACACAAAUAUCAAGUUGUAGCAAAUUAAGAAGCAGAAUGAGGACAGUUUAGUUCUGAACUUGUUAGUCAGGGCCACAUCAUUUGUCAGUACUGCAUCUCAUGUUAGUGAGGAAAAAUUAGCCACAGUUUUAUAUGAAGAACCUGUUGUGUAUGAUCUGAGAGAUCCUCCUGUGCUUGCUGUUAAUGAUCAUGGUGUUGUUUAUGAGAGUCUAAGCAGCAACAGUAGUGCAGUAGUACAACCUGCUGGUAUGUGCACACAAGAGAGCAGAAAUGUCAGCAAGAGGAAGCUCAAAUAUGUGAUGGAAGAAGAGGAAGAGGAGGGAUAUAAGAGUACUGAUGACUCUCCAGGGGCAUAUGACAGUGACAACAACCCUUUCUGCAUGAAGAAGUACAUGAUUGCUGAAGACACAGAGAUAAUAGAGGGGAAGAGGCUAGCAGAUGCAGAACUAGAAGAGGAUGCAGAUUCAGAUGAAGAUUCAAAUAAGGAACAGCUACACUAUGAGGGUGACACUGAGGUUGAGGAGUUGUUUGAUAUUGAGGAGGAUGAGGAGGAA